AUGUGGGAAACAAGUGACCAUGUCAAUGCCAAUGUCUGUAAGAGGUUGGGAGCAGACAGAAUUUAUGACAUUGCUUGGACUUUCCCAUUAGCAUUAGACAUGGGCUGCGGAAAAAGCCACAUCGCUGAAAACCUCAGCAAGGACGUUGUAGAGCAGAUGUUCCUUUCAGACAUCUCAAAUGCUUCGUUGAGGCUGAAUCGGCAGAGUGAGAUGCCUACACACUGUAUGAUGGCCGAUGAGGAUUUCCUGCCGUUUCAGGAGAACACCUCCGAUCUGGUGGUCAGCAACCUCAGUCUGCACUGGAUCAAUGAUGUUCCAGGAGCGUUGCGUCAGGUCCAUCGUGUGUUAAAGCCAGACGGCGUGUUUGUAGGGGCGAUGGUGGGAGGCGUGACCCUGUACGAGUUGUUCCCUGCAGCACACCGAGUUGGACGAGUUGGACAUGCACACUGUUUUCAGUGUGCAAGAAUCCAGAUCACAGAUUCUCUGUUUUUUAUUGCUACGUUUAUUGACGUUGAUGAGAUCCAGGUUCACUACCCUGGCAUGUUUGAAAUCAUGUCCGACUUACAAGGUGAGAUGAGCCAGAAGUGCUUGGACACCUGGAACAUGAAGCCGAUGUUGCACAGAGACACCAUUCUAGCAGUGGCUGCCAUUUAUAAAGAGAUGUACGGUAGUGAGGACGGAUUCGUCCCAGCCACGUUCGACAUCCUGUUUAUGAUCGGCUGGAAGCCUCACGAGUCACAGAGAGGCCAUGUCGUUUGCCGAUUUGGCAAAAUCAGAUCGCAGACCAGCAUUAAUACGGACAAAUCCGACACGAGCUGA